UUUGUGAUAAAUACUAUCAACUUAGCAAGUACUUUGUGUUAAUGUGAAUUGUUGUUGGGUUGUUUUCAACUUUGAAACUAAUAAGGUUAUUGUUCGAAUUGUAAAACAUAAUAAUAAUUUUCAGCAAAACGGAUUUUUUAGACUUACCCAACUAGGUGUAUAUUGCAAUAUGACUGCGAAAAUUGAUCAGAAAGCCUAUCUCCAAAAGUAUCUGAGUGGCUCAUCUGAUAAAAAGAAGAAGAAAAAGAAAGUUGUUAAAGGGAAAGGUUUCAAGAUCAUAGAUGAUGACCUGGAUCUGUCCAAACUACAAGAGUUACAGGGAGAUGAGUUAGAUAUAUUAGAUCAAGGAGAGGAUGCUCCACAGAUAGCAGGUAUCAUUGAUGAACGACCUGAGGAGGUUAAAAAGGCAGAAUUAUUCAAGAGUAGCUCAAAAUGGAGAGUUGUUACACAGGAUGAUGGCUUCAACACAAAAUUGAAGGUGGAAGAAAUAAAAAGAGAUAUCAAGGAGGUAGAAAAAGAAAAUGAGGUUAUUUUUGGUAAAAUGUUUAGUGAUUCAGAAGAUGAAACAAAAAAUGAUUCAGACCCAUCACCACCUAGAAAACACACUGAUGAAAGAAGUUUUACCCCAAACAAGCCAAGGAAUGCAAGUGAUAGUGAUUUUAGCCCACCAAGACGAACAAAUAAAAGUAGAGAACUAACACCAGAAAAAAUGUCUAGAAGGAAUAAAAUCUCAAGUCCAAAAAGGAAUAGAAAUGGUGAUGAUUCUGACGUAUCCCCACCAAGAAAGCAAUCAAAAGGUAAAUUGAAGAAUAGAAGAGAUAGUGAUUUAAGUCCCCCACGCAGAAUAGAAGGACACUCUUCACAAUAUAGUAGUAAUUUGGAAAGGAGAAAAGAGAGAAAAAGUAGAUGGGAUAAUGCUAAUGAUAAAUACUACAGUCAAAAAAGAUCAACUUCAAUUUCUCCUAAAAGAUUUAAAAAAUCAACUAAAAGUAAAAACAAUAAAUCAUCUGACUCAGAUAAUUCUCCACAGAGGAAGUCACAUAAAAACAAAAGGAAUGUUUCUGAUUCUGAUUCAUCACCCCCAAGAAAACAAAAAAAAGAAAAAAGAAAUGGUUCUACAUCAAGAAAAGAGAAACAGCCACAGGUUUACAAACAUUAUGCUGAAUCAUCAACUUCUCGUAAAGAAAGAAAUGUGCAAAAGACUAAAGAUCAUCAUAAGAAUGGAAGUCUCUCCAGAAAGGAGGAUUCAUCUACAAGAAAAGCAAGUAGAAAUAAUGGAAGUGAUAACUCAGACCUAUCUCCACCGAGAAAAGUACAAAGGCAUGGGGAACACAGUGACUCAGACUUAUCUCCACCAAGAAAAAAUAAGAAAAAUAAUGACUCCGAUAUAUCACCACAUAGAGAUAAAAGAAAAGAUUUUCAAAACAGCCCUCCGCCAAGUAAUAAGAAAAUGGCAAAAACAUUAGAAGGGAAAAUGGCAGGACUACAAGACGCUAAACAGUUAAGGCAAGAAAAUGAAUCAUUUAGACGAAGAGAAAACGAGGCUUACAGCAAACUGACUGAUGAUGUAUCAGGAAGGAAUGCAAAAGCUGUGUCCAGAAAAAGCAAAAGAGAGAACUCUGAAGAACGUCAAAAACAAAAGGAGAAAGCGGAAAAACAAAAAGAGUUAGAUGAAAAAUACAAGAAAUGGAGCAGAGGAUUAAAACAAAUAGAGGCUCAAGAAGAAAGAGUACAAGACUUCAUAACAGAAGCAGCCAAACCACUUGCCCGGUACAAAGAUGACCGAGAUCUGGAGGGAAGGCUGAAAGAUGUUGAACGUGCUGGAGAUCCUAUGUUGAAUUACAUUAGGGACAGAAAAAGAGAAAGGGGAGAGUUGGCACCAGCAAAACCGGCAUACAAAGGCAAUUUCCCACCGAACAGGUUUAAUAUUCCACCUGGUUAUCGGUGGGAUGGUGUUGACCGGUCAAAUGGAUAUGAGAAGAAAUUCUUUGAUCAACAAAGCAAGAAAAAGGCAUUAGAAGAAGACGCUUAUAAGUGGAGUACAGAAGACUUGUAAAUGAGACAUAAGGCUACCUCUAAUAACAUCUAACUGGCUACCCGAAGUGCCAGAAUGGGGUUGUAACAUACGCACUACAAUCCCAGACUUAAACUUAAUCCACUAAUCCAAUUUUAAAUGCUAAGUCACUUUGCCAGAUAAGAUCCUUUUUAUGUGUUUUAUUAUAUUUUAAAAUAUUGUACCUUGAAUUAAAUAUUAGAAAAUAAAUAUUGAAUAAUAUUACAAGGCAGACAGACAGUAAGACAAUGUUACCUCCUUACUUAGAAACUUGUCUACAAAGGCACAAAGUGUAAUUGCAAAAUAAUGUGAAAAAUAUUUUUAAUAUUACAUUUAUGUAAAUAAAACACUUAUGAAUGUA